AUGUCGUCUCCGAUAGACAGUGAAUCCGGCCAAGCGACCCCCCGCCCUCUGCCCCAGGGCAAUCGACAACAACGAGGCGCAUCCAGUCCGGCGUCCGCUACCCUCGAACUGCCAGAGUCGAUUGCCCGUUUCUACCGCCCCGCCUCCCCGAAGGAUGUGCAAACUCCUCGAGCACACUCCUCGUUCCCCGUCGACCCAGUCGAAUUGAGCCGACGCCUCCAAGCCCUCCUUGACCAGCAGAAGGCUGCCGAAGACAAAAAGUCCAAGAAAACGGACAAAAAAGACGACGACUCAGAAGGCAAGGGCCCCGACAAUAACAAGGGCCACCAGCACCACAACAUCCAAGCGUGA